UCAUUGACAAGUCAGAACAAUGGUGAGCUCCCCGCCGGCGCAUGGCGGCACACUGAACCAAGCCUGCAAUGUUGCUCUCAUCGAAACGGACACAGAUGGAUAGUCUCGUUCAACCACUUGUUGCCCAGUAUCUCGCUAUGGGCUGCCAAUCCAAAGAAAAUGGACAAAAUGAAAAUGUGGGAUCGAAUGGAAAGGAAAAAGGACAUUCGUAAGUUAUUCUUUUAUAACGAACUCCUUCCUGUGUUUGUGAAUUAACUGAACAGGUUUAUGGAGCGCAUUACGUGCACAGAUUAAAUACAUUUGAAACAUACGCAAUUUUGAAACCUUUAUUGACACCGAAUAAAUAUUUGAAUCUUGUACAAUUUUCCAAUGUAGUCCUAAUUUAAAUCAGACACUUUUGGUGGUUCUUGGUCGUAGAAGAACUUGAGCACAACAAUUCAGUGCGCUGCGAUUUAUAAAAGCAUCAGCCAGUGCGCACAAAAUGUGCACUCUCAAAACAGCUUAUCUAUAGCCUAUUUGUUCUCUCCUUCAAAUUGAAUGCCAUAGUUGAGUGUUUUUAAGUGCUAUUUUAGCCUAUCGUGUGGAAAGUGUAUAGAACAAGUGCAUGGUAUCCUCUCUGUUUAUCAGCCAACUAAAUGUUAAUUUAGUGCAACCCCGGUUCUCGAGUACCCCUAACAGUACACAUUUUUAUUGUAACCCUGGACAAACACACCUAACUCAAUUUGUCAACUAAUCAUCAAGCCCUCAAUGAGCUGAAUUAGGUGUGUUUGUCCAGAGGUACAGCAAAAAUGUGUACUGUUGGAGGUAGUUGAGGACCAGGGUUGGGGAAACACUGAUUUAGUGUAGCCCAUAAUGGUAGUCGGGUAAUCAACAAUGAUUUCCCCAAAGGGAAGUGAAUGAGAACAAUGAAAAAUAGCACAGCUAUGGUAACUGUAAGAUACCUGGUAUUAAGCAUGUUUUAGUAUUUUGUAAUGAACCUGAUAAGUGUUGUGUUAGUUGCAAUAUUUUUGGUACACUUAUACCUACAUUUUAUUUGAGUGUGUGAUUUUAUUGUGUUGUAUACUUCAAUAGUAUAUUGUUCACUGCAUGCUGUGAAAGUCCUAUCAUAUUUUUAAUGUAGCCCAUAAUGGUAGUCGGUAAUCAACAAUGAUUUCCCCAAAGGGAAGUGAAUGAGAACAAUGAAAAAUAGCACAGCUAUGGUAACUGUAAGAUACCUGGUAUUAAGCAUGUUUUAGUAUUUUGAAAUGAACCUGAUAAGUGUUGUGUUAGUUGCAAUAUUUUUGGUACACUUAUACCUACAUUUUAUUUGAGUGUGUGAUUUUAUUGUGUUGUAUACUUCAAUAUUGUAUUGUUCACUGCAUGCUGUGAAAGUCCUAUCAUAUUUUUAAUGUAGCCCAUAAUGGUAGUCGGUAAUCAACAAUGAUUUCCCCAAAGGGAAGUGAAUGAGAACAAUGAAAAAUAGCACAGCUAUGGUAACUGUAAGAUACCUGGUAUUAAGCAUGUUUUAGUAUUUUGAAAUGAACCUGAUAAGUGUUGUGUUAGUUGCAAUAUUUUUGGUACACUUAUACCUACAUUUUAUUUGAGUGUGUGAUUUUAUUGUGUUGUAUACUUCAAUAUUGUAUUGUUCACUGCAUGCUGUGAAAGUCCUAUCAUAUUUUUAAUGCCCCCCCCCCCCCCCCGUAACACACACCUCCCUCUAUCUCACUCCCUCUCUCCUCCACUGCCCCUCCAGACGGCUCUGUCCGGGACCGGGAUGUGGCUCCAGGUCUAAGGUCUGUCCGCCGGUGCCUGCCCGGCCUCAGCGGUUCAACAGGCCCAACCUGGCCCAGAUGACCCAGGGCAAGGUCAUGAUGUCUCUGCCGGGACACUUCACAAAGGGGGCCAGCUGGGAGGAGCUGAUCCAGGCCUGUAUCCAGUCCUUUGGUGAGUCCCUGUGCUCUGAGCUGCUCUUGUGUUUCUGCCAGUAAUACUAUUGGUAACUAAUGUGCUGCAUAUUUCGCUCUGUUAUUUGAAAAUUAUUUCUGGCUCAGUCGGUAGAGCAUGGCACUUGCAACGCCAAGGGUCAUGGGUUCAAUUUCUGCUGGGACCACCUUACGUAAAUUGGAUGCAUGCAUGACUAAGUCACUUUGGAUAAAAGCGUCUGUUAAAUCACAUAAAAAUAUGUUGUUGUUUUUGGUUGCAUGUAAAAUUAGAAACAUGCUUAAUAUUUCAGUUUGUUGUUGAGCUGUACAAAAUGGUUGUGCAGGUCAGGAUCAUUGUCAUUAGUUGUGCAUGUCAGGUUAGAGCAUCCGCUUCAUUUGAUCAUUUUUAAAUGGCGCUGAAUGCUGAACCUCCGUUUAUUUGAAAUCAGUACGGUGAGUGUUUCCUGGAAGCACCUGUUUUUCUCGGCCUCUAGCUGUUUGAUGUUAAGAGACACUGUCUCCAUUAAACUGUCACCAUUUACAAGGUAUCUCUAACUAGCCUAUAGUGCUAAGUUGACACAAACAGACCACAUUUGAAGACUUAAAUGAACUAGCCUCUAUUUGUUGUCUAACAACAUGGUCGUCAGUCUUUGCUUUUGAGAUGAUAAGACAGUGAUUGACAUUAAGGUCUUGUUGCCCGAAGAUUAUGAUCACUUGCCAGAAAAUUUAAAGUAGCUAUUUUCACCUACAGAAUGGAGGAACCAGAAAGACCAGACUACUGGAAUUUUGGUUGUUAUCAUUUAAAAAAAGCUCAGAGCAGGUUCAACUUUUGCGACUGCUCAGGUCACUUGCCCCGGGUAAUAGGGCAACCCUUCAUACCAAUCCCUGUAAGACUAUAUAAUUGUAUGUGGAUCCAACUAUGCCUGCUAUGAAUAUGAGAUAACACAAUCAUUCAACAACUGAAGUACUGAUUCAGUAGAUGUGGAAUGUGAUUAAGCAAAUCACAUUAGUAAUACAUUAACUUUUCCCAUUUACAUGGAUUUAUAUAUUCUGUUUAUUGGCUGCCAGGGCCGGCCCCAGGAAUAAGCGACAUAGGCUGUUGCCUAGUAACUCAGUCGGGAUCUCAAUUUACUGAUGAGAGUAAGAGUAGUAGAAUUCACCAGGUGCAAUUUGGAAAUUUGGUUGUGCAUCAGUAGUUUUUUCUCUUUUUAUGUCAGUCACUGACAGUCACUCAAUUAACCAUGUAACAAUUUAUAGAUUGGUAAGUUAGUCUAGCCAGCUAUCUAAACUUGUAGUAAUCAUGGCCGAAUAAAGAUUGGACACGUGCCCAUGGGCCCUGACCUCCAGGGGGCCCCCAUUGAUUUUGUAUGUCACUCUCACUCCGAUAUCAUUAACAUGGCAUAAGUCAUGAAAACAUUUGCUUUAACACUGCAAAAACUUCUCUCCACCCCAUGGCAAAAUGAAAUUAGCUGUAAAACUGGAAUUGUUUUCUCUCUGCCAAUGGCAAAAUGAAUAGAAUUGCAUGACAUUUGUUAUCAAAUUCCAAAAUGUUCUCUCUGCCCCAUAGCAAAAUGUGUAGAGCUGCAUAAAACUGGCUUUAAAACUGCAAAAAAAAUGUCUAUGCCCCAUUGCAAAGUGUGUUGAAUUGUAAGAAAUUAACUUUAAAACGAAAAUGUUUCUCUCCACCGUCAAGAGGGGAGCUACUAAAAUGUUUUGCCCGCGAGGUAGGUAGGUGGGGGGGGGGGGCAACAAAAUCUCGCCUAGGGCCCCCAAAAGGCUAAGGCCAUCCCUGUUGGCUGCACUAUAAAUGCUGUCAAAAACCUGGUCAAGAAACCCUGUCAAAUUAGAAUCAUGUGCUCUACGAAGUUGUCUGGAGUGCUCUCAAAGUUAUGGUAAUUAUGUCUUUGAAGAGGCAAGCAUUCAGAUUGCCGUUGCUUGGAGACACAAAUGGAGUGAAGAGAGAGUGAUGAGGAGGUGGUACAAUGGACUGAAUACAGAAAAUGACAUCCCCUACUUACAGUUACAGUAUCUGUCAGCAAGAACAAUAGCAGAAUAAUGGCUGGCUGUUCAUUUAGGAUAUAUAUUUUAAAAAAAGAUCAGCUAAGUUAAUCAAGUGAGAGCAAGAAAUUCAAAUCCUCUCAUUGGAAUCUGGUCUAAAGUAUGGAGAUUAACAGGCAGGUGUUUUUAAAUCCAGGUUAAUAUAAGGGACAAAAUAGAGGUACCUAGUACAGAGGGGUCUAAGAGGGUUGAGUGCUCCCCAGCGGCUGCUGUCUCACAUCAGAGGCUGACCCCCCAGGUCCUGGGGAUCUGGCACCUUUUUCAAAUGUGAGAGCAUACGCAAGAGCUAUUUGAAGGAUUAGCUGGCAGCUGCUAGCCCAAAGGUCAGCUCCCCAAACGACCCUCCUCAGAUGCUGACCACUCUUUGAAAUGCAGAGGACCAAGGAGCGUGGAUCAAUAUUGUUUGACAUCAUCAUACACCCCCAAGUUCACACUCCACAGUUCCACUCACCCACAUUGCCCGAAGUCUCUACGCAAUCAUAAUGUUAAUGGACAGCAAUGGGCAGUGCAUAUAUUUGAAGGCCUCAAUCGUGGAAGACAUUUUGAAUGAAAUGCAUAUUCCAUAUAAAUCAUGUAUGAUGCAGGCACACAACCUGUGAAUGUCACAAAGAGAUAAACCAUGAGUCAGAGUAUCCACUGCAGACUCGGAUGUACUGUAGACACUGUGAAAAACCUUUAUGUGCCUAUGGCGGGCAAUAUAUGUACACUUACAGAGCAUCAUGGCUGUCUGGGGGAUUAAAGUAAGUUCCUGUACUCAGUAAUGUAUUGUUCUACAUGUAGGCCUACAGCAUGCUGGUACAUGCAGUAGUGAGAGAACUAUUGAAAGUGUGCAACUAAUAAUGAAAUAUAAAUCUCUGGGGUCUCUUAGACCGUUCCUUACCGGUUCUUUCAUGUGUACAGUAGAGAUAAGCAUCAGGCUGACGGAGGCAAAACAAAAGGAUCAUCCAUCCCGUUAGCCCUGUUACUGUACCUCUCUGUCAAAACAAGGAAAGACUCCUUACACCGGGGCUUUCUGAUGAAUGCCUACGAUAAUAAAACCCCUCAAAGUAGGGCAACACUCCCUGCUCUUUGUUGUGUUUGUCAUCAUAUCCCUCCUCCUAUCCCAGUGCUGCCUGCUGCUGCUUUCCUAACUUUCCACAGUGAGUAAAACGGAGGGGAUUUCCUCAGCAAUUAGCCAAGUCUGGGUUAGCAGGGAGGUGUUGUGAAAUGAUCAAGCAAUUGUUUACCUGGUAGUGAAUCAAAACAGCUUCCUUGAUAUUUUAGGUCAUUUUAGAGUACGUGUCAAACUCCACCCUUGUAUUUGAUUGAUGAAUUAAGGUCACUAAUUAGUAAGGAACUCCCCUCACCUGGUUGUCUAAGUCUUCAUUCAAAGGAAGAAAAAAAAGACUUGGCCCUCCGUGGAAUGAGUUGGACACACCUGUUAUAGAGCAUGACUUGCUUACAUGAUUACAGCCAUAAAAACAGCAAUAAAACACUGUUCAGUUUGUUAUAGUAGAGGAAGGAUAUAGUACAGUGACAGUAUAAUGUUUCAAAACUAUUGAUCUUCUAGAUGUUUCUUUUUACUCUUGCCAGUUUUUUAUUCUCUAAGAUCACGUCUGUGUGUCAUACUGACCUGGGAAGGUAACUUUUCAUUGACAUUGACCAUUGGGGCGUUGUAGCCAUUGUUUGGACGAGUAAACAGAACACUCCCGUACCAGCGGUGCAGGAUACGAGGACAGGAUUAGCUGCCUGCUGAAGUAUUAUUAUUUAUUUUUAUUUGACCUUUAUUUGACCAGGUAAGCCAGUUGAGAACAAGUUCUCAUUUACAACUGCGACCUGGCCAAGAUAAAGCAAAGCAGUGUGAUUAAAAACAACAACAACACAGAGUUACAUAUGGAAUAAACAAAAACAAAAUGUACAGUCAAUAACGCAAUAGAAAAUCUAUAUACAGUGUGUGCAAAUGUAAUAAGUUAUGGAGGUAAGGCAAUAAAUAGGCCAUAGUGCAAAAUAAUUACAAUUUAGUAUUAACACUGGAGUGAUAGAUGUGCAGAAGAUGAUGUGCAAAUGGAGAUACUGGGGUGCAAAUGAGCAAAAUAAAUAACAAUUUAAAUAACAAUAUGGGGAUGAGGUAGUUGGGUGGGCUAAUUACAGAUGGGCUGUGUACAGGUGCAGUGAUCAGUUAGCUGCUCUGACAACUGAUGCUUAGUUACAACUGAAGUUAGUGAGGGAGAUAAGUGUCUCCAGUUUCAGAGAUUUUUUGCCGUUCGUUCCAGUCAUUUGCAGCAGAGAACUGGAAGGAAUGGGGAUGGAAGGCUUUGGGGAUGACCAGUGAGAUAUACCUGCUGGAACGAAUACUACGUGUGGGUGUUGCUAUGGUGACCAAUGAUCUAAGAUAAGGCGGGGAUUUGCCUAGAAGUGAUUUAUAGAUGACCUGGAGCCAGUGGGUUUGGCAACGAAUAUGUAGUGAGGGCCAGCCAACGAGAGUGUACAGGUCACAAUGGUGGGUAGUAUAUGGGGCUUUGGUGACAAAACGGAUGGCACUGUGAUAGACUACAUCCAAUUUGCUGAGUAGAGUGUUGGAAGCUAUUUUAUAAAUGACAUCGCUGAAGUCAAGGAUCGGUAGGAUAGUCAGUUUUACGAGGGCAUGUUUAGCAGCAUGAGUGAAGGAGGCUUUGUUGCGAAAUAGGAAGCCGAUUCUAGAUUUAACUUUGGAUUGGAGAUGCUUAAUGUGAGUCUGGAAGGAGAGUUUACAGUCUAACCAGACACCUAGGUAUUUGUAGUUGUCCACAUAUUCUAAGUCAGACCCGUCGAGAGUAGUGAUUCUAGUCGGGCGGGCAGGUGCAAGCAGCGUUCGAUUGAAAGUGACCCAGUGAGAUAGAUAACAAAGAUUAGAAAGGAUCAUGUUGCCAUGGUGUCUGUGGUAUUUCAAGGAGAUAUGGGAUAAGUGGGGACCCAUGGAAACUGGAGUCCUUGUGUGGCAUCAAAACAAUGCCAGCUGCUUAGGUUCAAAGUUAAACACCAUUUUAAUGGUUUCGUCAAGGUGAUCUCUUAGCCACGAUUCGAUUUCCAGAAAAUCACUGUCAAAUUGUUUACCUCUACCUGGAAUGGAAGAGACAGGAAGUCUACACUCUUAGAGAAAAGGGUUUCAAAGGGAUUAUUUGGCUGACUCCAUAGGAUAACCUUUUUUGGUUCCUUGUAGAACCCUCUGUGGAAAGGGUUUUACAUGGAACCCCACAAGAGUUCUACCUGGAACCAAAAAAGGUUAUUCAAAGACAACCAUGAUAGUGAACCGCUUACUUAUACACAACAUGUUACAGCGGACCAAUAAAAUAUAAGCAUUUCUCAAGUAAGAUCAUUUGUAAAAGAAAGGCUAAUGUAGUUAGAAAUGGAAUCUGCAAUUGCUACUUUGCAGUGGUGUAAAGUACUUAAGUAAAAAUACUUUAAAGUACUACUUGAAGUAGUUUUUGGGGGUAUCUGUACUUCACUUUACUAUUUAUAUUUUUUGACAACUUAUACUUUUACUUCACUACAUUCCUAAAGAAAUAAUGUACUUUUUACUCCAUACAUUUUCCCUGACACCCAAAAGUACUCGUAAAAUUUUUUAUGCUUAGCAGGACAGAAAACUGUCCAAUUCACACACUUAUCAAGAGAACAUACCUGGUCAUCCCUACUGCCUAUUAUCUGGCGGACUCACUAAACACACAUGCUUUGUGUCUCAGUGUUGGAGUGUGCUCCUGGCUAUCCGUAAAUAAAUAAAAACAAGAAAGUUGUGCCGUCUGGUAUUGCUUAAUAUAAAGAAUUUGAAAUGAUUCAUACUUUUGAUACUUAAGUAUAUUUGAGAAAUUACAUUUACUUUUGAUACUUAAGUAUAUUUAAAAUCAAAUACUUUUAGACUUUUACUCAAGUAGUAUUUUUUUGGGUGACUUUCACUUUUACUUGAGUCAUUUUCUAUUACGGUAUCUUUACUUUUACUCAAGUAUGACAAUUGGGUACUUUUUCCACCACUGCUACUUUGUGGAUACAGGUAACAAUGUAUUCCUUGAGAUCUUUCCCACUGGGCACAAAUGUCAUUUCAACAACUAGUUUUGGUUUACAUUUGGUUGAGUUGUCCAACUAACUAGAACUCAACGUGAAAAUAUAUUUAUAUAUUUUUAUUUAUUUAACCUUUAUAUAACCAGGUAAGCCAGUUGAGAACAAGUUCUCAUUUACAACUGCGACCUGGCCAAUAUAAAGCAUAGUAGUGCGAUAAAAACAACAACACAGAGUUACAUAUGGGGUAAAAAAACAUAAAGUAAAAAAAUACACCAGAAAAUAUAUAUACAGUGUGUGCAAAUGUAGCAAGUUAUGGAGGUAAGGCAAUAAAUAGGCUAUAGUGCAAAAUAAUUACAAUUAGUAUUAACACUGGAAUGCUAGAUGUGCAAGAGAUUAUGUGCAAAUAGAGAUACUGGGGUGCAAAAGAGCAAAAUAAAUAACAAUAUAGGGAUGAGGUAGUUGGGUGGGCUAAUUUCAGAUGGGCUGUGUACAGGUGCAGUGAUCUGUAAGGUGCUCUGACAACUGAUGCUUAAAGUUAGUGAGGGGGAUAAGAGUCUCCAGCUUCAGAACAGUUAAACAACACAAUGUAACUCCAAGUCAAUCACACUUCUGUGAAAUCAAACUGUCCACUUAGGAAGCAACACUGAUUGACAAUACAUUUCACAUGCUGUUGUGCAAAUGGAAUAGACAACAGGUGGAAAUUAUAGGCAAUUAGCAAGACACCCCCAAUAAAGGACUGGUUUUGCAGGUGGUGACCACAGACCACUUCUCAGUUCCUAUGCUUCCUGGCUGAUGUUUUGGUCACUUUUGAAUGCUGGCGGUGCUUUCACUCUAGUGGUAGCAUGAGACGGAGUCUACAACCCACACAAGUGGCUCAGGUAGUGCAGCUCAUCCAGGAUGGCACAUCAAUGCGAGCUGUGGCAAGAAGGUUUGCUUUGUCUGUCAGCGUAGUGUCCAGAGCAUGGAGGCGCUACCAGGAGACAGGCCAGUACAUCAGGAGACGUGGAGGAGGCCGUAGGAGGGCAACAACCCAGCAGCAGGACCGCUACCUCCGCCUUUGUGCAAGGAGGAGCAGGAGGAGCACUGCCAGAGCCCUGCAAAAUGACCUCCAGUAGGCCACAAAUGUGCAUGUGUCUGCUCAAACGGUCAGAAACAGACUCCAUGAGGGUGGUAUGAGGGCCCGACGUCCACAGGUGGGGGUUGUGCUUACAGCCCAACACCGUGCAGGACGUUUGGCAUUUGCCAGAGAACACCAAGAUAGGCCAAUUCGCCACUGGCGCCCUGUGCUCUUCACAGAUGAAAGCAGGUUCACACUGAGCACAUGUGACAGACGUGACAGAGUCUGGAGAACGUUCUGCUGCCUACAACAUCCUCCAGCAUGACCGGUUUGGCGGUGGGUCAGUCAUGGUGUGGGGUGGUAUAUUUUUGGGGGGCCGCACAGCCCUCCAUGUGCUCGCCAGAGGUAGCCUGACUGCCAUUAGGUACCGAGAUGAGAUCCUCAGACCCCUUGUGAGACCAUAUGCUGGUGCGGUUGGCCCUGGGUUCCUCCUAAUGCAAGACAAUGCUAGACCUCAUGUGGCUGGAGUGUGUCAGCAGUUCCUGCAAGAGGAAGGCAUUGAUGCUAUGGACUGGCCCACCUGUUCCCCAGACCUGAAUCCAAUUGAGCACAUCUGGGACAUCAUGUCUCGCUCCAUCCACCAACGCCACGUUGCACCACAGACUGUCCAGGAGUUGGCGGAUGCUUUAGUCCAGGUCUGGGAGGAGAUCCCUCAGGAGACCAUCCGCCACCUCAUCAGGAGCAUGCCCAGGCGUUGUAGGGAGGUCAUACAGGCACGUGGAGGUCACACACACUACUGAGCCUCAUUUGGACUUGUUUUAAGGACAUUACAUCAAAGUUGGAUCAGCCUGUAGUGUGGUUUUCCACUUUAAUUUUGAGGGUGACUCCAAAUCCAGACCUCCAUGGGUUGAUACAUUUGAUUUCCAUUGAUAAUUUUUGUGUGAUUUUGUUGUCAGCACAUUCAACUAUGUAAAGAAAAAAGUAUUUAAUAAGAUUAUUUCAUUCAUUCAGAUCUAGGAUGUGUUUUAAGUGUUCCCUUUAUUUUUUUUAGCAGUGUAUAAUGUCACCAUGUCAUUGGAUUUAGGUUUAAAGUUUGGUGGAAAAAAAGACAAAAUGCCCUUAUAUAUAUAUAUAUUUUUUUUUUAAUCCAAUUAGUUUUCUAUGUUUUUUUUGUUGUGAAAAUGACGUUUUUCAGUUUUUGCCUUGUGGGUUUCCACAUUGUCAUAUAUAUUUUUUUUAUCUCCAGUGCCUCUAGGGACAAAGCUGUUAGAGUAGAUGACAGAGAUGGUGGCUGCAGGACCCUGUGAUGUCAGUAGUGUUAGCAGAGUUAGGGGAGGUGGUCACAAAGACAGGAAGUGAGAUAAGACAGAGAAAAGUAGACAACACCACCACAGGAAAGGCAGCUUGUCAAGCAUGACCUCACUACAUUAGAGAUAGAAGGGGAAUUGGUAAAAGUAGUUGUACUUAGAUGACAAUGCUAUCACACAUGCCAUUUAUUUUUAUACAUGUCCGUUACCCAAUGACUAAAUACAUUUGAGAUUUGCAUUUGGCACAUUAUUGUGCUCAUGGUUGAUUUCUAUCAUUCUUUUUCUGUUAUUGCAUGACUUUGCAGACUUGUGGCUGAAAGAAAUCAGGUAGUUUUAAUGGCUACAUCCCCUUGUUUUGUUGACAUUGAUUCUGUAGCAUGACAUGACUGCUAGAUGUAGUUAUCCAAGAGCUACAGUAUCAUUGGACAUUCAUUUUCUUGUCCAUAUGCAAUCUCAACCAUCUAUAGUACAGUGUUGGCAUUGUGAUGUGCAACAGAAUGUCUGUUGACGUGCUCCAUGUGUUGUGGUCCUCUGUAGCUCAAUUGGUAGAGCAUGGCGCUUGUAACGCCAGGGUAGUGGGUUCGAUCUCCGGGACCACCCAUACGUGAAAAUGUAUGCACACAUGACUGUAAGUCGCUUUGGAUAAAAGCGUCUGCUAAAUGGCAUAGUAUUAUUCCAGAUGCAGAGGGCUGUGUGUAUGGGAGCAGUCACCUGAUGAACAUCACCCUGACCAUGCACCGACUCCUCAUGUCCUCCAGUGACCUCCUGGAGAAACUCACCUCCCUAUAUCCUUUACCAAGCAGACCCAAUGCUCUGCGGCUGCUCCACUACAGCCAAAACUAUGAUUGAGUUGGCACAAGGACCUGACCAAUCUGUUGUGCCAAACAUAACACAGGAUCUUUACCGGCUGUGCAGCACUGUUUUGUGAUUUGGUUGUCAGUAGCAACGGCCAAUUAAGAUCCAACUUGGCUGACAAGGUGCCAUGCCAUCGACGCCUCACUCCUCCAAUCAAUGUGACUGUCAGUGGCAAUAUGUGUGCACCCCAAUUUCGUAUUACUGUACUUUAGAUCUUUGCUAGCUCCAGUACACAUCACCAUGUUCUGUUUCAAAUCCAGUGUCUUCCAGGUACCUUACAUUCUUGUUCUAUUACAAUCUUAGCUGCACAGGACCAUUCGAAAAGCACGAAUCCUCCCAAUUUAAUUCCCCCACUUCAGGUCUGGUUUAAAAAGGUAACUCUAGAAGCCUAUUUUCUGUUUUAAAUGAGCGGUAUAUAAUCUAGGCCUCCAUUCAACAAAGAGCUCUGACGUCACAGAGCCUAGAGGAGCAGCAGGACUGGCCCAGUGAGGAGGGAACUAAGGCUAGGGGCUUCAGGUAUUAAUGAGCUCUUCCCAGACUGACGUCCUUUUCAGAUAAAUGCACAGCCUCUCAGCUGCCCAAGGAGGCUCGCUCACCAAAACCCACGUCACACCUCAAGAUGCACAAUGUGUCCUGCCCUCUAUUUUUAACCCCUGGGCUCGUUCUGAGCCUAGGACUCAGACGCAUGUACCAAAUAUUGUUAAGAUUGGGUUAGGAACAAGGGAAAGCACUGGAGCCAUUAAUGCCAUUUAUUGUAAACACAAUCUGGCUUUGGGAUGGUGUGGACAGCUCUUGAGCUCCCAUGAUGCAAUUAGCCUUUUUAUGUGCAUCACUUCAAGCUGAUUUCUGCCAAUAGAGUGCUGUGGCGAGGCUUACAGUGCCUGGCUAUUUUUACCCCUGUUAUAUAUAAUAAGAAGAAUGGAGAUGUUUUUUAGUUUCGAUUAAUACAAUCCCCCAGAGAUUCUGGUCACUCUGUACUUACUGAGCAUAUGGCACAGCAGCUUAGGUAAUAAACUGUUCUCACACUCAAAGCCAUUGGGAGGUAAAAGUAUCAUUAAGUGAGCUGUGUUUUUACCUGGUUGAGAGAACAUGUUUUUACUAAAUAAAAGGGUCCUCUGCCAGCACAUUUAAUACACAGUCUGUUUUGGUAGGAAUAGUGAAUGUGUGUUGGGCACGUUUAACAGACACACCAAAGCAUCCAAGGAAUCCAACCCAUAGCCCUGUAAACACCAUAUUUCAACCAACUGAGCUAUUGGAACACCAGAAUGAUUCACUUGCUGAUGCUCCUAACCAGUUUUCCCAUUUGUGAUCGCCUCCUCCCACACCACCAAAUGUCACAUCUAUUCACCUUUUAGUUUCCCUAUUGAUGACUUUCCUGCACUAAAUAUAAUAAACACCAAUUUGGAAUUGUUUACUUAGAUCAGGUGUGUCAAACUCCAUGGAGGGCCUAGUGUCUGCUGGUCUUUGGUUUUUCCUUUCAAUUAAGACCAAGACAACCAGGUGAGGGGAGUUCCUUACUAAUCAGUGACCAUAAUUCAUCAAUCAAGUACAAGGGUGGAGCAAAAACCUGCAGACACUCGGCCCUCCGUAGAAUGAGUUUGACACGUGACUUAGAUGAAUAGAAAUGAAUAGACACUUUGUCCUGCACAGUGAUCCAGAUCGUUUAUUCACUAACAAAUCCCACAUACAGUUCCUGGUCUCUUCCCUGACUCUAAACAAUGUGCACAUGUUUUAAUAUACCAGUGAAUCAUAAUGUAUCCUUAACUUGAGUUGUUACAUUUAAAAGCACCCUGGAGAAUGAGCAGUCCACAGAAUGUGAGAGGAUCUGCUACUUCAUCAGGUAAGUGUGUGUUCCCCGUGCAGUGGUCCUGAUCCUGUCACUACCACAGGGCCUGUUGGGGUCCACUAAGGUCUCCACACAAUACCUCACUGUUCAAUCAUUCUUAUGAAAGAGCUUAUGAAAUCCACUUAUCACCUAAUAAUACAAUGGUUUAGGUCAUGCUAUUAUUGCAUUUACUUUAAACUAUAGUGUUGAUUUAAUUGUGGUAAACAAUCUAUUUUCUAUCUAUUUCAGGUAUUGGAUCCAGGAGUUCUGGACAAUGUUCCGGUUGCACAGCAGCCUGUCAGACUCCAUGGAGCAGUUCCAGGAUCUGAUCAGAGAUCAGGGCCAGGAGAGGCUGUGCCCUCUGUUGCAGACUAAAUGGAUGUAAGUAUCCCCGGUAUAUUACUGAACAUAAUUAAUGUCUCUCUGGCUUAACAUUCAUGCUGAUGUAAUAGUUUCAAAUUAUGCCUGUGUAGUACACUAUAUAUACAGAAGUAUGUGGACACCCCUUCAAGUUAGUGGAUUCGGCUAUUUCGGCCACACCCGUUCAGCCACACAGCCAUGCAAUCUCCAUAGACAAACAUUGGCAGUAAAAUGGCCUUAGUGAAGAGCUCAGUGACUUUCAAAGUGGCUCCGUCAUAGGAUGCCACCUUUCCAACGAGUCAGUUCGUAAAAUUUCUACCCUGCAAGAGCUGCCCCGGUCAACUGUAAGUGCUGUUACUGUGAAUUGGAAACGUCUAGAAGCAACAAUGGCUCAGCCGCGAAGUGGUAGGUCACACAAGCUCACAGAAAGGGACUGCUGAGUGCUGAAGCGAGUAACGCGUAAAAAUCACCUGUUCUUGGUUGCAACACUCACUACAGAGUUCCAAACUGCCUCUGGAAGCAACGUCAGCACAAUCUUCAUCGGGAACUUCAUGAAAUGGGUUUCCUUGGCCAAGCAGCCUCACACAAGCCUAAGAUCACCAUGCGCAAUGCCAAGCGUCGGCUGGAGUGGUGUAAAGCUCGCCGCCAUUGGGUUCUGGAGCAGUGGAAACGCGUUCUUUGGAGUGAUGAAUCACGCUUCACCAUCUGUCAGUCCAACUGACUAAUCUUGGUUUGGCGGAUGCUAGGAGAACGCUACCUGCCCAAAUGCAUAGUGCCAACUGUACUAGUUUGGUGGAGGAGGAAUAAUGGUCUGGGGCUGUUUUUCAUGGUACAGGCUCCUAGUUCCAGUGAAGGGAAAUCUUAACGCUACAGCAUACAAUGACAUUCUAGACGAUUCUGUGCUUCCAACUUUGUGGCAACAGUUUGGGAAAGUCCCUUUCCUGUUUCAGCAUGACAAUGCCCCGGUACACAAACCGAGGUCCAUACAAAAAUGGUUUGUCGAGAUCGGUGUUGAAGAAGUUGACUGGCCUGCACAGAGCCCUGACCUCAACCCCAUCUAACACCUUUGGGAUGAAUUGGAACACUGAUUGCGAGCCAGGCCUAAGUGGCCAACAUCAGUGCCCGACCUCACUAAUGCUUUUGUGGCUGAAUGGAAGCAAGUCCCUGCAUCAAUGUUACAACAUCUAGUGGAAAGCCUUCCAAGAAGAGUGGAGGCUGUUAUAGCAGCAAAGGGGGGACCAACUCCAUAUUAAUGCCAAUGAUUUUGGAAUGAGAUGCUCGACGAGCAGGUGUCCACAUACUUUUAUUCAUAUAGUGUACCUCUGUAUUUCCUGUCUAUGUUGUUUACCAUGUUGUGUCUCAGAAAUGACAGGCACUGGUCUCAGAAGCCCAGUCAGAGGAUCAAAGGCUAGCAGAAGUAAGAAGAGGAAAGUGUCUCUGCUGUUUGAUCACCUGGAGCCCAUCGAGCUGGCUGAGCACCUCACCUACCUGGAGUUCAAGUCCUUCUGUAGAAUAUCAGUGAGUAGAGUCCCAAUCCGCCUGUAUGUGAUCAAAUGACUUGACAUUGGGAAGAAUCUCAUAGCACAUACUCUCUACUUUAGGUAUUGCAAUGCAUUCCAAAUGUGUUCCGCCAACCUCUGUCCUUUUAGCAAAAUGAGUCAGCAUAUGCUUUAUUAUUUCUGCCAGUUUGUAGACUACCAGAACUACAUCCGCAGCUGCUGCAUGAAGGACAACCCCAUGAUGGAACGUUCCAUUACAUUGUGUAAUGGUAUCUCCCAGUGGGUGCAGCUCAUGGUUCUGAGUCGGCCUACAGCUCAGCUGAGAGCAGAGGUCUUCACCAAGUUCAUCCAUGUGGCUCAGGUAUGGCCCUAACUAUUCCUCCUCCUCCUUAUCUAUCAUAGACUAACACUCUCUCUCUACAGUUUAUGUAUAAAAAAAUUACAAAAUGUCCACAUACAAGGUGUUUAGCUUCCAUGUUUUGUACCCUCUUAAAGAGUGUUUGUUCAUUGUGUAUAUCCGGUACCUUUUCCUCGGCUUAAGCUAAUGCAUGUCUACUAUCUCGUACAGUACAGUGAGACCUACCUACUGCUGAGCUGCAGAAGCACCAUCAUUUGUAGUUACAUAAUGCAUAUUAAAAGAGGGCUGCUAAUGACUCUCAAGAGUUCCAUGAUGGGCUUUUAGUGCAUCAAAGAUGCUUGCUAACAGAGAAUGUGUGCUCUGAAUAUUAACAAAGUACAGGCCAUCCGCACUAAUGGAUUUAUCAGGUGAAACACUGACACUCAAGUGCUAGCAAGUAUACCAUGGAAAAAUGGAUAAAGUCUGGUUUAUUAUGCCUCUUCACCACUUUAUUCACAUGCAAAGCUGUAUCCUGAAAAGUGAUGACGAGCUGAGAGAGUUGGAUGGAGAGGCCAAACUCUGGAGAAUCUCUCUAGGUUACAUUAAAGGGAUACUUCAGGAUUUUGGCAAUGAGAGAGUCAGAUGAACUCGUGGAUAUCAUUUUUAGGUUUCGUGUCCAGUAUGAAGGAAGUUAGAGGUAGUAUGCUAGCAGAUACCAUAGACUUCAUGUCAUUGCGCUAGCGCUAGUUAGCAUUGGCUCACGAAACUACCUCUAACUUCCUUCAUACUGGACACAGAAACCUAAAAAUGAUAUCCACGAGUUCAUCUGACUCUGGGGAAGAAGAUAAUGGUCAUCAUUGCCAAAAUCCUGAAGUAUCUCUUUAAUGCACUAAUCAGAUGCUGCUCCUCUACCUUCUCUUAAUGUAUUCCAAAUUGUAGACCUGCACCAGGCUGGGAAGACUGAAUCUGCAAUAGGUAAGCAGCUUGGUUUGAAGAAAUCAACUGUGGGAGCAAUUAUUAGGAAAUGGAAGACAUACAAGACCACUGAUAAUCUCCCUCGAUCUGGGGCUCCACGCAAGAUCUCACCUCGUGGGGUCAAAAUGAUCACAAGAACGGUGAGCAAAAAUCCCAGAACCACACGGGGGGACCUAGUGAAUGACCUGCAGAGAGCUGGGACCAAAGUAACAAAGCCUACCAUCAGUAACACACUACGCCGCCAGGGACUCAAAUCCUGCAGUGCCAGACGUGUCCCCCUGCUUAAGCCAGUACAUGUCCAGGCCCGUCUGAAGUUUGCUAGAGUGCAUUUGGAUGAUCCAGAAGAGGAUUGGGAGAAUGUCAUAUGGUCAGAUGAAACCAAAAUAGAACUUUUUGGUAAAAACUCAACUCGUCGUGUUUGGAGGACAAAGAAUGCUGAGUUGCAUCCAAAGAACACCAUACCUACUGUGAAGCAUGGGGGUGGAAACAUCAUGCUUUGGGGCUGUUUUUCUGCAAAGGGACCAGGACGACUGAUCCGUGUAAAGGAAAGAAUGAAUGGGGCCAUAUAUCUUGAGAUUUUGAGUGAAAACCUCCUUCCAUCAGCAAGGGCAUUGAAUAUGAAACUUGGCUGGAUCUUUCAGCAUGACAAUGAUCCCAAACACACCGCCCGGGCAACGAAGGAGUGGAUUCGUAAGAAGCAUUUCAAGGUCCUGGAGUGGCCUAGCCAGUCUCCAGAUCUCAACCCCAUAGAAAAUCUUUGGAGGGAGUUGAAAGUCCGUGUUGCCCAGCGACAGCCCCAAAACAUCACUGCUCUAGAGGAGAUCUGCAUGGAGGAAUGGGCCAAAAUACCAGCAACAGUGUGUGAAAACCUUGUGAAGACUUACAGAAAACGUUUUACCUGUGUCAUUGCCAACAAAGGGUAUAUAACAAAGUAUUGAGAAACCUUUGUUAUUGACCAAAUACUUAUUUUCCACCAUAAUUUGCAAAUAAAUUCAUUAAAAAUCCUACAAUGUGAUUUUCUGGAGAAAAAAAUUCUCAUUUUGUCUGUCAUAGUUGACGUGUACCUAUGAUGUAAAUUACAGGCCUCUCUCAUCUUUUUAAGUGGGAGAACUUGCACAAUUGGUGACUGACUAAAUACUUUUUUUCCCCACUGUAUGUGUUAACCAGAGCCUCCAUAUUAUGCACAACUUCAACACACUAAUGGCUGUUGUGGGGGGCCUGUGCCACAGCUCCAUCUCCAGACUUAAAGAGACCAGUUCACAUGUGUCCCACGAGGUCACCAAGGUACAUUAUCUAUAACAUUAUCAUAACUUGAUCUAUUGAUCAGUAUGUUGACAAACGUCUCCAAUAUAAACAUACUGUACAAGAUGAUCAUCUACAAUAUCUUCUCCGCUGUCUCUUCUCUCCACAGGUGCUGAAUGAGAUGACAGACCUCCUGUCCUCCUGUAGGAACUAUGACAACUACCGUCAGGUGUACAGCAGGUGUGCAGGCUUUAAGAUCCCCAUCCUGGGAGUCCACCUCAAGGACCUGAUCUCAGUCAAUGAGGCCAUGUCGGACUACGUAGAGGACAACAAGGUGAAUGUUCAGAAGCUCCAGGCUCUGUACAACCACAUCAACGAGCUGAUCCAGCUACAGCAGAUCACCCCACAGCUCGACGCCAACAAAGACCUGGUCCACCUUCUCACGGUUAGUACACAUGUAUUUACACACUUAUAUUGCCACUGACACGUUUAUACCUACAAUACAAAAAUGACACAAAUAGUUGGGAAGAGAUUUUUGACGUCCCGAUUCCAUGGCAUAGUGUUUAUGAACUGAUACGCAAAAUGACGCCGGAUUCAAAACUUAGAAUUUUUCAAUUUAAAUUAUUAUAUAAAAUUCUUGCUACCAAUGGAAUGUUAUUUAUAUGGGGGAUACAAUCUUCCCAGCUCUGCAGAUUUUGCUACGAAGAGACAGAAUCAUUAGAUCAUUUGUUUUGGUACUGUCCAUUUGUAGCUUGUUUUUGGACAAAGGUCCAGGAAUGGCUAAAGGAUUGUAAUAUUUACCUGGCGCUAACCCUGCAGAUAGCACAAUUGGGUGAUCUGAAAAGUCAUAGUCAAUCGAUCAAUAACAUAAUAAUACUUUUAGCAAAAAUGUUUAUUUUCAAUUUACAAUCUGUAGAAAUAAUGAGAAUAGAAAGGUUCAGAACUUUUGUAAAACAUCACAGUACAGUUGAAAAAUAUAUGGCAAAUAGAAAUCCAAUAUGGAUGGUGUUAAGAGAUAGAUGGGUGGUGUUGAAUUAAGUUGAAGGAUGGGACUAAUAACAACUAACAACAAGAUAACUAAUGUAAAGCAUACUGUGUCCAUAAUAAGUAUAUAGGUUAUAGGUUGAGAGCUUUUGUGAAAGAGCACAGUUAAAAAGAUAUGGCAUAUAGAAGCAAACCGGAUGGACAUCAUGAAAAUGAUCGGAGGGUAGAGGAAGUUCAGGAGUAAAAACAAACAAAAUAUAAAUAUUGUAAAUUUGACUGUGUCCAUAAAAUGUAUAUAGUAUGUAUAAGCUGGAAAUAGAGGCCUAAGCAUUGUUGUUCACUAGUUUACUCCAAUUAGGGAAAGGGUGGUGGGGUUGGAAAGUAAUAAAGGGAAAUAUAUUUUUUUAAAGGAUAUGUAUAUGUGUUUAUAUAUAUGUAUACAGUGAGGGAAAAAAGUAUUUGAUCCCCUGCUGAUUUUGUACGUUUGCCCACUGACAAAGACAUGAUCAGUCUAUAAUUUUAAUGGUAGGUUUAUUUGAACAGUGAGAGACAGAAUAACAACAAAAAAAUCCAGAAAAACGCAUGUCAAAAAUUUUAUAAAUUGAUUUGCAUUUUAAUGAGGGAAAAAAGUAUUUGACCCCUCUGCAAAACAUGACUUAGUACUUGGUGGCAAAACCCUUGUUGGCAAUCACAGAGGUCAGACGUUUCUUGUAGUUGGCCACCAGGUUUGCACACAUCUCAGGAGGGAUUUUGUCCCACUCCUCUUUGCAGAUCUUCUCCAAGUAAUUAAGGUUUCGAGUCUGACGUUUGGCAACUCGAACCUUCAGCUCCCUCCACAGAUUUUCUAUGGGAUUAAGGUCUGGAGACUGGCUAGGCCACUCCAGGACCUUAAUGUGCUUCUUCUUCAGCCACUCCUUUGUUGCCUUGGCCGUGUGCUUUGGGUCAUUGUCAUGCUGGAAUACCCAUCCACGACCCAUUUUCAAUGCCCUGGCUGAGGGAAGGAGGUUCUCACCCAAGAUUUGACGGUACAUGGCCCCGUCCAUCGUCCCUUUGAUGCGGUGAAGUUGUACUGUCCCCUUAGCAGAAAAACACCCCCAAAGCAUAAUGUUUCCUCCUCCAUGUUUGACGGUGGGGAUGGUGUUCUUGGGGUCAUAGGCAGCAUUCCUCCUCCUCCAAACACGGUGAGUUGAGUUAAUGCCAAAGAGCUCGAUUUUGGUCUCAUCUGACCACAACACUUUCACCCAGUUCUCCUCUGAAUCAUUCAGAUGUUCAUUGGCAAACUUCAAACGGGCCUGUAUAUGUGCUUUCUUGAGCAGGGGGACCUUGCGGGCGCUGCAGGAUUUCAGUCCUUCACGGCGUAGUGUGUUACCAAUUGUUUUCUUGGUGACUAUGGUCCCAGCUGCCUUGAGAUCAUUGACAAGAUCCUCCUGUGUAGUUCUGGGCUGAUUCCUCACCGUUCUCAUGAUCAUUGCAACUCCACGAGGUGAGAUCUUGCAUGGAGCCCCAGGCCGAGGGAGAUUGACAGUUCUUUUGUGUUUCUUCCAUUUGCGAAUAAUCGCACCAACUGUUGUCACCUUCUCACCAAGCUGCUUGGCGAUGGUCUUGUAGCCCAUUCCAGCCUUGUGUAGGUCUACAAUCUUGUCCCUGACAUCCUUGGAGAGCUCUUUGGUCUUGGCCAUGGUGGAGAGUUUGGAAUCUGAUUGAUUGAUUGCUUCCUUUAAGAGUGUGCUCCUAAUCUCAGCUCAUUACCUGUAUAAAAAACACCUGGGAGCCAGAAAUCUUUCUGAUUGAGAGGGGGUCAAAUACUUAUUUCUCUCAUUAAAAUGCAAAUCAAUUUAUAAAAUGUUUGACAUGCGUUUUUCUGUUAUUCUGUCUCUCACUGUUCAAAUAAACCUACCAUUAAAAUUAUAGACUGAUCAUUUCUUUGUCAGUGGGCAAACGUACAAAAUCAGCAGGGGAUCAAAUACUUUUUUCCCUCACUGUAUAUAUAUAUACACUGCUCAAAAAAAUAAAGGGAACACUAAAAUAACACAUCCUAGAUCUGAAUGAAUGAAAUAAUCUUAUUAAAUACUUUUUUCUUUACAUAGUUGAAUGUGCUGACAACAAAAUCACACAAACAUUAUUAAUGGAAAUCAAAUUUAUCAACCCAUGGAGGUCUGGAUUUGGAGUCACCCUCAAAAUUAAAGUGGAAAACCACACUACAGGCUGAUCCAACUUUGAUGUAAUGUUCUUAAAACAAGUCAAAAUGAGGCUCAGUAGUGUGUGUGGACUCCACGUGCCUGUAUGACCUCCCUACAAACGCCUGAGCAUGCUCCUGAUGAGGUGGCGGAUGGUCUCCUGAGGGAUCUCUUCCCAGACCUGGACUAAAGCAUCCGCCAACUCCUGUACAGUCUGUGGUGCAACGUAGGCGUUGGUGGAUGGAGCGAGACAUGAUGUCCCAGAUGUGCUCAAUUGGAUUCAGGUCUGGGGAAUGGGCGGUCCAUAGCAUCAAUGCCUUCCUCUUGCAGGAACUGCUGACACACUCCAGCCACAUGAGGUCUAGCAUUGUCUUGCAUUAGGAGGAACCCAGGGCCAACCGCACCAGCAUAUGGUCUCACAAGGGGUCUGAGGAUCUCAUCUCGGUACCUAAUGGCAGUCAGGCUACUUCUGGCGAGCAUAUGGAGGGCUUUGCGGCCCCCCAAAGAAUUGCCACCCCACACCAUGACUGACCCACCGCCAAAACCGGUCAUGCUGGAGGAUGUUGCAGGCAGCAGAACGUCUGUCACGUGCUCAGUGUGAACCUGCUUUCAUCUGUGAAGAGCACAGGGCGCCAGUGGCGAAUUUGCUCUCUGGCAAAUGCCAAACGUCCUGCACAGUGUUGGGCUGUAAGCACAACCCCCACCUGUGGACAUCGGGCCCUCAUACCACCCUCAUGGAGUCUGUUUCUGACCGUUUGAGCAGACACAUGCACAUUUGUGGCCUGCUGGAGGUCAUUUUGCAGGGCUCUGGCAGUGCUCCUCCUGCUCCUCCUUGCACAAAGGCGGAGGUCGCAGUCCUGCUGCUAGGUUGUUGCCCUCCUACGGCCUCCUCCACGUCUCCUGAUGUCUGGCCUGUCUCCUGGUAGCGCCUCCAUGCUCUGGACACUACGCUGACAGACACAGCAAACCUUCUUGCCACAGCUCGCAUUGAUGUGCCAUCCUGGAUGAGCUGCACUACCUGAGCCACUUGUGUGGGUUGUAGACUCCGUCUCAUGCUACCACUAGAGUGAAAGCACCGCCAGCAUUCAAAAGUGACCAAAACAUCAGCCAGGAAGCAUAGGAACUGAGAAGUGGUCUGUGGUCACCACCUGCAAAACCAGUCCUUUAUUGGGGGUGUCUUGCUAAUUGCCUAUAAUUUCCACCUGUUGUCUAUUCCAUUUGCACAACAGCAUGUGAAAUGUAUUGUCAAUCAGUGUUGCUUCCUAAGUGGACAGUUUGAUUUCACAGAAGUGUGAUUGACUUGGAGUUACAUUGUGUUGUUUAAGUGUUCCCUUUAUUUUUUUGAGCAGUGUAUAUAUAUAUAUUUGUGAAGGAAAAAACAUAUGGGGGAUUGGAAGUGAUGCAGACAAUUACAUUGAUGGAAGUUACAAUCUAUCUGCAAUAUUAAAGCUGAUCUACUCCCUAAAAAAAAAAUAUAUAUAUACAGUGGGGGAAAAAGUAUUUAGUCAGCCACCAAUUGUGCAAGUUCUCCCACUUAAAAAGAUGAGAGAGGCCUGUAAUUUUCAUCAUAGGUACACGUCAACUAUGACAGACAAAUUGAAAAAAAAAAAUCCAGAAAAUCACAUUGUAGGAUUUUUUAUUAAUUUAUUUGCAAAUUAUGGUGGAAAAUAAGUUUUGGUCACCUACAAACAAGCAAGAUUUCUGGCUCUCACAGACCUGUAACUUCUUCUUUAAGAGGCUCCUCUGUCCUCCACUCGUUACCUGUAUUAAUGGCACCUGUUUGAACUUGUUAUCAGUAUAAAAGACACCUGUCCACAACCUCAAACAGUCACACUCCAAACUCCACCAUGGCCAAGACCAAAGAGCUGUCAAAGGACACCAGAAACAAAAUUGUAGACCUGCACCAGGCUGGGAAGACUGAAUCUGCAAUAUGUAAGCAGCUUGGUUUGAAGAAAUCAACUGUGGGAGCAAUUAUUAGGAAAUGGAAGACAUACAAGACCACUGAUAAUCUCCCUCGAUCUGGGGCUCCACGCAAGAUCUCACCCCGUGGGGUCAAAAUGAUCACAAGAACGGUGAGCAAAAACCCCACAACCACACGGGGGGACCUAGUGAAUGACCUGCAGAGAGCUGGGACCAAAGUAACAAAGCCUACCAUCAGUAACACACUACGCCGCCAGGGACUCAAAUCCUGCAGUGCCAGACGUGUCCCCAUGCUUAAGCCAGUACAUGUCCAGGCCCGUCUGAAGUUUGCUAGAGUGCAUUUGGAUGAUCCAGAAGAGGAUUGGGAGAAUGUCAUAUGGUCAGAUGAAACCAAAAUAGAACUUUUUGGUAAAAACUCAACUCGUCGUGUUUGGAGGACAAAGAAUGCUGAGUUGCAUCCAAAGAACACCAUACCUACUGUGAAGCAUGGGGGUGGAAACAUCAUGCUUUGGGGCUGUUUUUCUGCAAAGGGACCAGGACGACAGAUCCGUGUAAAGGAAAGAAUGAAUGGGGCCAUGUAUCGUGAGAUUUUGAGUGAAAACCUCCUUCCAUCAGCAAGGGCAUUGAAGAUAAAACAUGGCUGGGUCUUUCAGCAUGACAAUGAUCCCAAACACACCGCCCGGGCAACGAAGGAGUGACUUCGUAAGAAGCAUUUCAAGGUCCUGGAGUGGCCUAGCCAGUCUCCAGAUCUCAACCCCAUAGAAAAUCUUUGGAAGGAGUUGAAAGUCCGUGUUGCCCAGCGACAGCCCCAAACAUCACUGCUCUAGAGGAGAUCUGCAUGGAGGAAUGGGCCAAAAUACCAGCAACAGUGUGUGAAAACCUUGUGAAGACUUAAAGAAAACGUUUGACCUGUGUCAUUGGCAACAAAGGGUAUAUAACAAAGUAUUGAGAAACUUUUGUUAUUGACCAAAUACUUAUUUUCCACCAUAAUUAGCAAUAAAUUCAUAAAAAUCCUACAAUGUGAUUUCCUGGAUUUUUUUUUCUAAUUUUGUCUGUCAUAGUUGACGUGUACCUAUGAUGAAAAUUACAGGCCUCUCUCAUCUUUUUAAGUGGGAGAACUUGCACAAUUGGUGGCUGACUAAAUACUUUUUUUCCCCACUGUAUAUAUAUAUAUAUAUAUAUAUAUAUAUAUAAUAUAUAUAUAUAUAUAAAAUAUAAAAAAGACACAAAAAAGUAAUCAUAAUAUCAGUGCAAAAUAUCAAAUUCUUAGGCUAGUACACACUACUGUGUUGGUUGGUAUAUAUCAGCUGUCUGACCUUGGUGUCCUCUACUGCUCAGCUGUCCCUGGACCUCUACUACACAGAGGACGAGAUUUAUGAGCUGUCUUAUACCAGGGAGCCAAAGAACAGCAAAGCACCCGUGAGUAAAAAGGGGACAUGAAAAACACUGUGGGAAAUAAAACUGAAAAUACCCCUAGCCAUAGCAAGUUCACUGUGUUAUGGCUAGGGGUAUUUUACAUUUCAAACGUGUAAUAAUACUCACAAAGACCCAGUUAGCGUUAGUGAAUCAUUUCUGAAUGUUUGGAAAUUGGAUGUUGCAUAUCUCAUUAACAAACCUAUUGAAAGAGAACAUGCACUGAAGCUCUUUUUUCAUUGGCCCAUUUAACAUCAGCACGGUAUAUUCUACACCUGCUGACAGUGUUCUGAUCAUCUAUUUUGUUUUACAUCAGCCAGCCACCCCCUCUAGACCUCCAGUGGUUGUGAACUGGGCAUCAGGCGUACCCCCAAAACCUGACCCCAAAACCAUCAGCAAACAUGUGCAAAGAAUGGUGGAUGUGAGUUGUCCAUGACCUAUCACUCUGUAUUCUCAUAGGCAUUAUAUUCGGUUUCAUAAAAUAAGUAAUCAUGUUGUGAUUAUUGUUAUGUCAUGACUGUUAUUGUUUACUACAUACAUUAUUUCUCUGGAAGUUGUGGUUUUACUCCACCUCUCCCAGUUGAUCUAUUGUGCUUCAUGUUUCAUGUAUCUCAAUAUGAUUUCUUGUCUCUCGUCCUCAACAGUCCGUGUUUAAAAACUAUGACCAUGAUGAGAAUGGCUUCAUCUCUCAAGAGGACUUUGAGAAAAUUGCUGCUAGCUUUCCAUUCUCCUUCUGUGUCAUGGACAAAGAGAAGUAAGUGGAGGGUAUGGUUCCAUUGUGGGUGAAUGGGUUCUCCUUUGGCACAUUUGACAGUUCAUUGUAACUGCAUGGGUUCAUUUGUGACUGCAGAGAAAGGAAACUAAAGUGGAAUCUGUUAGCAGGGCCUGUAGAAACAGGAAACAGAAAUAGCAACAGAACUAUGAGCUAGCCACUCUCACUGUGGUCAACUGACAGGUUAAACCACACACUUUUUAACCAGUUAGCUACUGGAGUGAAACUGUUGAAGUGAAAAUAAAUUAGUUUUAGUUGCUCUUAUUUCAAUGGUGACAUAUGAAAUGUUGCCCAAUGCCUAUACAGUACAUUGCAAACAUUUCUUAUCAGACAGUUUGUUUACAUGAGAUAUGCUUUGUGUUGUCCUGCUCCAGGGAAGGCCUAAUCAGCAGAGAGGAGAUCACAGCCUAUUUCAUGCGUGCUAGUGUCAUCUGUUCCAAACUGGGUCUUGGCUUUGUCCACAACUUUCAGGAGACCACCUACAUGAAGCCCACCUUCUGUGACAACUGCUCGGGAUUCGUAAUUCACUGCACUAUAUUACAGCACUAUGUCCUGAUCUGUCUGUCUUCAGCUAAGCUGUAGUUCUCAUUAAUAGGGCCAGGAGGUUUUCCAGACAAUGUAACCUGAUCAGGAAAAACUCUGGGCCUUAGUUAUAGCCUACUCAUCAUCAAUAGCAAUGCUGUUUUAGGAUAAUCAAUAGCAUUGCUGGCUUUAAAUGACUAUAUUUAAACAUGCUCAUUUUUAAAUAUGCAUCACUUGUGUUAUCUCUAAAUAACCUUAGCAACGUCCUCUUCUCCAUUACAGUUGUGGGGCGUCAUAAAACAAGGCUAUAGAUGCAGAGGUGAUUAUUUAUUUUUACUGUCACUGAGUCUAGACUGGAAUAUUCCAUAGUGUUUUCAUAAAUGUCAUACUGUAUGUAGCUUAGAGUUCAGUACUUUGUAUUGUGAUAGAAUAGAAUGUUAGCAGAGGUUGUUGAUAAUGGGGAGGCUGUGAGAAGCAGGUAAAGUGUAGAUAUCUUGAGAAGAAGCUGCAUUGUGUGGUUUCUGUCAUGUAGACUGCUAGCUGAACCCUGCAACAGAUAAGAGUCUGCAGUCGCAACCACAACAUUGCUUUUUACCCUCUUCCCCUUGAAACAGUCAGAAACACGCUGUUUUCAUGGCAACAUGCACGUAAAGGUCUGAGAACUGUUCUGUUCCACAGGCUGAGCAGCACCAUUAGGCUACUGAGGGGAAUGGAAGUUACAUUAGCUAGUAGGGUGCUAAAGUGUUCCGUUAGUAAAUCACAAUUAAACAUGCAUUACAUUUACGUCAUUCUCUGUGCAACCCAGCAUGACCAUACAAUAAUACUUUUUGAACUUCCUCCUUUCCACCUCUACCUGCUUUAACACAUUGUCUACAUUCUCUUGGCCUGCUCACAGACUGUGGGAUGAACUGCCAUAGGCUAUGUAAGGAUCAGGUGGCGUUUGAGUGUAAGAAGAAUGCCAAAGGCAGCAGCACCUCUGAAGGUCCACUAACACCAGGGUCCACACCCGGCACAACAGGUGGCCCGGAAGGUGAGGAGGGACACGCACACAAACACACAUACAGUGCAUUCGGAAAGUAUUCAGACCGUUUACUCAGUACUUUGUUGAAGCACCUUUGGUAGCGAUUACAGCCUCGAGUCUACUUGGGUAUGACGCUACAAGCUUGGCACACCUGUAUUUGGGGAGUUUCUCCCAUUCUUCUCUGCAGAUCCUCUCAAGCCCUGUCAGGUUGGAUGGGGAGAAUCGCUGCACAGCUAUUUUCAGGUCUCUCCAGAGAUGUUAGAUCGGAUUCAAGUCCGGGCUCUGGCUGGGCCACUCAAGGACAUUCAGAGACUUGUCCCAAAGCCACUCCUGCGUUGUCUUGGCUGUGUGUUUAGGGUCAUUGUCCUGUUGGAAGGUGAACCUUUGCCCGAGUCUGAGGUCUUGAGCACUCUGGAGCAGGUUUUCAUCAAGGAUCUCUCUGUACUUUGAUCAGUUCAUCUUUCCCUCAAGCCUGACUAGUCUCCCAGUCCCUGCCGCUGAAAAAUAUGCCCACAGCAUGAUAACGCCACCACCAUGCUUCACCGUAGGGAUGGUGCCAGGUUUCCUCCAGACAUAACGCUUGGCAUUCAGGCCAAAGAGUUCAAUCUUGGUUUCAUCAGACCAGAGAAUCUUGUUUCUCAUGGUCUGAGAGUCCUUUAGGUGCCUUUUGGCAAACUCCAAGCGGGCUGUCAUGUGCCUUUUACUGAGGAGUUGCUUCCAUCUGGCCACUCUACCAUAAAGGCCUGAUUGGUGGAGUGCUGCAGAGAUAGUUGUCCUUCUGGAAGGUUCUCCCAUCUCCACAGAGGUACUCUGGAGCUCUGUCAGAGUGACCAUCGGGUUCUUGGUCACCUCCCUGACCAAAAUCCCUUCUCCCCCGAUUGCUCCGUUUGGCCGGGUGGCCAGUUCUAGGAAGAGUCUUGGUGGUUCCAAACUUCUUACAUUUAAAAAUGAUGGAGGCCACUGUGUUCUUGGGGACCUUCAAUGCUGCAGACAUUUUAUGUUACCCUUCCCCAGAUCUGUGCCUCGACGCAAUCCUGUCUCGGAGCUCUACGGACAAUUCCUUCGACCUCAUGGCUUGGUUUUUUCUCUGACAUGCACUGUCAACUAUGUGGGACCUUAUAUAGACAGGUGUCUGCCUUUCCAAAUCAAGUCCAAUCAAUUGAAUUUACCACAGGUGGACUCCAAUCAAGUUGUAGAAACAUCUCAAGGAUGAUCAAUGGAAACUGGAUGCACCUGAGCUCAAUUUCGAGUCUCAGAGCAAAGGGUCUGAAUACUUAUGUAAAUAAGGUAUUUCUGUUUUCCCUUUGUCAUUAUGGGGUAUUGUGUGUAGAUUGCUGAGGAUUUUGUAUUCAUUUAAUCCAUUUUAGAAUAAGGCUGUAACGUAACAAAAUGUGGAAAAAGUGAAGGGGUCUGAAUACUUUCCGAAUGCACUGUACACACAUACUAAAUAGGUUCUUCACCUAAAAUAGUGAAAACCACAUGUACUGUAGUAGUAGGUCUCCAUCUGUUGGCCUAGAAGUAAUAUAUCAUCCUCAUUGUGCUUACUACCGGUUAAUAAACUAAAACCUAUUUGUCUCAGAUAGGCCUAAACUGUACCAUUCAAUGUGGCAACCAUUCUUGACACUGGUCAUAUAGAGUGCAAAUACACAUGAACUUUAAAAUGCCAAAUCAUUACUUGAAAGAUACAGUAUGUUUUUGCAGAUGAUAGUGCAGGUUUAAGAUAGUUUAUGGAAAAGUACCACAGCAUCCUGGGUAGUUUCCCUGUGUAGGUGGACUCAAACUGUCAUACUGCUCGCUAAAGUCAAGGACCUGCCUCACUUACCGUACUACUAAAAAUAACAUUCUGUGGUCAGACAAAAACUCAGUUGACCUUAUGGGAUGCAGACUGUAUGCAAACAUAUCACUUAAAAACCAGAAAACUGACUGAAAUGGGUUGAACAGAUUUGACUGACUAUCUUCAUGGUGCUGUUUGUGUUAGGCUCAGAAGAGGGACCUUUCCCGUACCACUCAGAGGAAUGUAGAGACUGGAGCCUUGUCUCUCCGGCCCCCUCCCAUCUGAGGCUCCCCCCUGGGCUGGCCAUGCCUGUGGGAGUCCAUCGCAGCACCCAGACAGAGGGCCCCCCCGCCCCUGCCCCCCCUCCAGAGCCCAGUCAGCUGCAGCCAGUACACCCCUCUCUCCUGGCCCCUGUACCCUCCUCUCUCUUGGCCCCCGUACCCCUCUCCCUCACCCCAUGCCCCAGCCCGGUGCCCCAACGCAAACAACGGGCCUACGUCAAGUGGGAGAACAGAGCCUCUACAGUGCUAAAGCCCAGGGAGCCGGACGAAGACAACAAACCCACCUAUGAUACUUUGGAAAUGGUGAGAUUCAGACACCACUGGGUUACUGAUACGUGUUCAAUUGUGUACAUUGAAUGUACUACAUUCUCAUUUCUAGAGUUUUGAACACAAGGUUGACCAUUCAAACAAAUAAACAAUGAUAGUGAAUUAUGUUGUUCUCAGGAGAACCAGAAGCUUCAGAAGAACAACGAGACGCUGCGUAAGAAGCUGAGGGAGACGCAGCACGAGGUAGAGAUCCUGCAGACACUCCUAAAGAGGCACGCCCUUCACUCCGUGGUGGAGGAUUCCUCCUCCUCCUCCUCCUCCU